CCACAUGAACAGUCACACGUAUGAAUUUUGAAUGCAACGCUAUACGACAAUGCAUUACGCAUAAUAUGACGUGUAUUGAAUACAUUUAGAGUAAUCUAUAGAAGAAAAAUUAUUCUGUGAAUUGUGAUAUGAUAUGGUAUACUAGGUAAAAUGCAUAGUAAAUACAAUUAUACAAUUUUAUCAAUAUUACUAUUAUUGGAUCCUAUGGUAGUAAGUGUGUACUGUGUAUUAAAUUCCCACAUAAACACAAGAUAAAAAUAGAAUAUUUUUCCUUUCACCUUUGAGUUUUGACGUUCUAUUACGUUUUAUAUACAUAUUAUUUUAUACCCGGGAUACGCCUAGUGAACGCCGCCGUUUCAUCACUCACUAGUCGCCACUCAUUAUUGACUAUUUGUUAUGAACUAUUGACCGUUAUUAAUUAUUAUUUAAUAUUUAUUAAUUUUACACUUUUACUGCUGUGAUUUACCAUUGUUGUUGUAAAAUAUGUUUAAUGGUUGUAAGUACCUAUCUAAUCAACCAUACAAAAGUAGUAUAAAUUGUAAAAAUUUGGUAAUAAUAUAUUAAUAUGUCAACUCCUACAUCAAAUAUUUCUGGUUCAAUUUGUUUGUGCGGGAAAAAAAGGAUGGGCUUAAAUUUAUCGUCGUGUGCAGUCAAUAAAUUUAAAACUAAAAAAAAUUGUUCGGACGUCGCUAGUUUUUUUUGUAAAUCCAAUGAAUCUAUGUCGCCGAUUAAAAAUCCAUUCAAAAAAAGAUAAACUGACCGAGAGUGAAUUAUUGGAUGAUCAAAAAUCUGCAUCAGAACCAAAUGCAAAGAGCAAUACAAUUUUUGAAAUUGAGGCUUUUUCUACUGAAUCUUAUUCUUUGGACUUUAGCAUUUAUGACCCAAUAACAUUUGUUAAGAAAAAAUCAUCACCGGAUGAAAAAUGGCAAUAAUUUGUAAAGGCCCCUUCCAACCAAAAAAGUACGACGAGCUACCAGAAAAAAAUUACUGGAGAAGAAUUACUGGUGGUGAUCGUGUACACCGAGAUUGGUUUAGCUACUCUAUUUCAAGCUAAUCAGAAAAAAAGAUCCGGAAGAAUGGCUAAAAAGGGCGGGCAAGCGGUGCUUCAAGAAGAAAUAAAUAGUGAUGAUGAUUGGACAAAAAUUAUGGAAAAGCCGGGAAUGUAUGUCGUUGACGUUUAUACAGAAUGGUGUGGCCCUUGUAUACCAAUGACGGCAUACUUAAAAAAAAUCAAGUUGGAAUUAGGAAGUGAAAAUCUACAUUACGCUACAGCAAAAUCUGACAAUAUAACUGUGCUAAAAAGGUUUCGACAAAAAAGUGAAUCCCAUUGGUUGUUUUUUUAUGAUGGGCAAUUAGUCAAUAUCAUUAUUGGCACCAAUGCUCCUAGGCUAAUGCAAUUAAUAGAGGAGGAGUUGGAACAGUAUGUUAAGUUCAAAAAUGGUGAAGUCCAGAAAGAGUUUAUACCGCUGACUCAAGUGACCAACGAGGAACUAAAAAAAUUAAACGAUAGUGAAAACUAUCAAAAACAAAAAACAAGAAAAGAAAAAAAAAUUAGAGGUUCGUAUCGUUAUGUUUUGACUUUUAAUGAUGUUUAA